AUGUUCGACUACAUUCCCCGUCAUAGGGUCGAGAACCUCCAUCUCUACAAGUACAGCGGUACCGACAAGUCGCUCGUAUCCAAAUACAUUCUUGGUCCAUACUGGAACUGGCUAGUCACGCUCUUCCCAACCAGCGUCGCUCCCAACACUAUUACCCUCUCGGGUCUGCUUCUCGUCUUCAUAAACUUUGCUACUCUCGCUUACACUGAUCCCGGCCUCGAAUGCGCGACACAACUCAAGCUCGAUUCCACUGCACACACGCUUGCGCUCCACUCGGCUUUCCCUUCUGACGCGGCCUUGCUUCCAGUCCGUCCGAUCUUUGCCAACUUCGGCAUUCCUGGCGCCGCCGCCAAGAUCGACUUCGCACCUCGCGCCGACUCUGCAGGCAGAUGUUUGCCGCCCUGGGUCUUCUACACCUGGGCGCUGUGCUUGUUCAUGUACCAGAGUUUGGACUCGAUUGAUGGCAAGCAGGCGAGAAGGACAGGUAUGGCUGGCCCCCUCGGUGAGCUCUUCGACCACGGCUGCGACGCGAUCAACACAACCCUCGAAUGUGUCCUCUGCUGCGCUGCUCUCAACCUCGGUCGAUCCGUCUGGGCUCCGGGCUCGCUCGUUGCUACGCUCGCCAACUUCUACCUUACCACAUGGGAAGAGUUCCACACAGGUACACUCUUCCUUUCCGCCUUCAGCGGUCCUGUCGAAGGUAUUCUCAUGAUUGUCUUCAUCUAUGCGCUCACUGGCUUCGUGGGAGGACCCAUCUUCUGGGACCGAGGUAUCCUCAAUAUAACUGGUUUGGCCAAGAUCGACUUUGUCAGCACGCACCUUGGCCGCUUCAACCUUCCCUUCAACGACGCUUUCAUGACUUUUGGUGCUCUGGGUUUGCUCUUCAACAUCGCCGGCUCGUACGGUAAUGUCGUUGCAGCUCGCAAGUCCCGCAAUCAAUCCAUCUUGACCCCUCUUUUCGGCCUCACACCCUUGGUUGCUCAGGUCGUGGCCAAUGUUUACUGGAUUCGAGCCAACCGAGCUUUCAUUCUUGCCGACUCUCGCGCCUUGCUCCCCUUCUUGGCUUUCUGGGGCAUCGGGUUCGCAUACAACGUUGGACUGCUCAUCGUUGCACACGUCACAAAGUCUCCUUUCCCUUACUGGAACAUCGCAAUUGUCUGGUCAGUGCUGUUAGCAGUCGAUGCAAACUUGCCAUCGUCAUACAUUCAGACUAGCCCAGAGAGGCAGUUGCAGGUUAUCUAUGCUAGCUUAGCAUUCGCAGCUGUGCUCUAUUUGCACUUCUGCCACAAUGUCAUCACGACGAUCACGACCGAGUUGGGAAUGGCUUGCUUUGUCGUCAAGCCCCCGACCAAUCUCAAGCCUCCAAAGAAGUCGCAGUAA